CGGAAGCCGCGCAUGGACCCACGGCGCCGCCAGGCUGCCCUCUCCUUCCUCACCAACAUCUCGCUGGACGGACGGCCGCCGCUGCAGGACGAGGAGUGGGGCGGCGGCGGCGAGGAGAGCGGCGCGGCCAAGCCGGGCGCCGGCAGCGCCUGCGGCGCGAGGACUCGGCUCAGCCUGCUCGCCGCCGCCGAGCGGGGCGGCUGCAACGCGCUCGCCGCGGCGGGCACGGCGGCGGCGGUAGCAGCUGGAUGGGGCCCCUGCCUCCCGCAGCCCUCGCCGCUGCAGCCCCUGGUCCCCGGCGGCCACGCUGCGGGGCUCGGGACCGGGGCUGCCCGGGGCUUCGUGAGCCCCCUGGGCGCGGGCCGGGCGUCGGGGGAGCAGUUACAGCCGCCCCGGCCAGCGCCUCUCGCCUCCUGCGCUCCGCCGCAGCUGUCCGACCGGCCCGGGAACGCCGGGCAGGAGGGUUUGGAGGAGGACGAUGCCUUUUCCAGCGUGCAGGUGCCGGCGGCCGCCUUUCUGGGCUCCGGGACCCCCGCGAGUGGGAGCGGCAGUCGGGGUCGCCUCAACUCGUUCACUCAGGGAAUCCUGCCCAUCGCCUUCUCCAGGCAGACUUCGCAGAACUACUGCUCCCUGGAGCAGCCGGGCCAGGGGGCUAGCACCAGCGCCUUGGAACAGUUGCAGAGGUCCCGACGUCGCCUCAUCUCCCAGAGGUCAUCCUUGGAGACCCUGGAAGAUAUUGAGGAGAAUGCCCCUCUACGGAGAUGUCGAACUCUCUCAGGUUCGCCCAGACCAAAGAACUUUAAGAAGAUUCAUUUUAUCAAGAACAUGCGGCAGCACGAUACCAGGAACGGCAGAAUAGUCCUUAUCAGUGGCAGAAGAUCCUUCUGUAGUAUAUUUUCAGUGCUGCCCUAUCGUGACAGUGCCCAAGUUGGGGAUUUGAAGUUGGAUGGAGGGAAGCAGUCCACAGGUGCCGUGAGCUUGAAAGAGAUCAUUGGCCUUGAAGGUGUGGAGCUGGGAGCUGAUGGGAAGACUGUUUCUUACACCCAAUUUCUGUUACCCACAAAUGCCUUCGGAGCCCGGAGAAAUACCAUAGACUCCACGUCCUCCUUCUCCCAGUUCCGUAACCUGAGCCACCGCAGCCUCUCCAUAGGACGUGCAAGCAGCACCCAGGGGAGCCUGGACACAGGUAGCGACCUGGGAGACUUUAUGGACUAUGACCCAAAUCUCCUGGAUGACCCCCAGUGGCCUUGUGGCAAGCACAAACGAGUUCUGAUCUUUCCUUCGUACAUGACCACAGUAAUCGACUACGUGAAGCCCUCAGAUCUCAAGAAGGACAUGAAUGAGACCUUCAAGGAGAAGUUUCCUCACAUUAAGUUAACACUCAGCAAAAUAAGGAGUCUGAAGCGAGAGAUGCGGAAGCUUGCCCAGGAGGACUGUGGCUUCGAGGAGCCCACAGUGGCCAUGGCCUUUGUCUAUUUUGAGAAGCUCGCCCUCAAGGGAAAGCUAAACAAACAGAACCGGAAGCUUUGUGCUGGAGCAUGUGUACUGUUAGCAGCCAAAAUCGGAAGUGACCUCCGAAAGCACGAAGUCAAGCAUUUAAUUGACAAACUGGAAGAGAAGUUCCGGCUAAAUAGACGAGAACUGAUUGCCUUUGAAUUCCCAGUGUUAGUGGCCUUGGAGUUUGCUCUUCAUCUGCCGGAGCAUGAAGUCAUGCCCCAUUACAGACGCCUAAUCCAGAGCUCCUAGCACAGGCCCGAAGGAGGGCUACGGACCACUUCCUUGGAGCUUGUGGAAUAGCACUUACUACUGGAAAUGCAAAAACAGAACUUGACAUACCAACCUUUUUUCCUCUCAACAUGUUAUUGAGUAGAAGCAGUACCGGAAACUUUUCAGGGAGUCCUGGUCUGGUGAGCCGGCAUGAGCCGUGAGCGGUUUAUUAUGCAGCAGGGGAAGGGGAGACCUGUGUGGAAGGUGGCAGAAGGCCUUUUGGCUUUCCCCAGGCAAGACUUCCCAGCUGUCCCCACGCUGGUGUUCUUCCUGGGUACAUACAAACCUCGCAAGCGUGGUCCGGGGCCUCCCCUCCAGACCUGAUCCAGCUUAGGAGUGCAAAGUUCUAGAGCAGAGUGGGGAAGAGAAUUUGCAGCAGCUGGGGAGGAGCUUUUAAAAGAUACCCUCACUGUGUCAAGAGAGUGUGCCAAUCUAUUUUUAUGUCCGCUCUUGGAAGUGCACUCCCACGCACCCCCCCCAACCCGGGGCGUGUGAGGGGGAGAAUGUGUGUGUCUGAGAGAUUCCGUGUCAGCCGUCCUCGGCCCCCAAAGCCAGUCCCAGCCACCAGAGAGCAGACCUCUGCCUGGGGGUCCUGAGCCAGCCUGACCUUCAGCAAUUAGUUCUAGAUAAUCUCUGGGUCCCGUCAUCCUCACUCUCUCCGUAACAGAUGGUCUGACAUCCUCUGCCCAUAGAAAAUGCCAUAGUUUUGGUUACUGCUCCUACCACCAACGGGACAAAGGACGAGUUCUCGGUGUGGGACAGGUCACGUGGAAAGGCGUGGCCCGCGCGCUCCGUAUCUUCCCGCCGCUAGGCUGCGUGCUGACCUUUGACCUUCGCACUU